GGUGCGGCUUGGCUGUUGCAUGCGAGUGGAUGCGCCGCGCUCGAACGGCAGCCAGCGCAGAGCCCCGCCACGCCAGCCCAAGCAGCCAGUAUGCCCGCCGGCCAGCCGCCCCCUCCCCACCCCCGGCCGCUCCUUUAGCCUCCUCCAGCCACCUCUGCUGACUACCGGCCCCGCCGGGGUUUGCAAGGAAGAAGAGCCGGGGCAGGUGGCAAAGCGGCGCCUCGCCUUGGGGGAGAUCGCCUCCAGCCUUCUGGGGUUUGCUUUGGUUUUGAGCCCCCUCCCCUUCUCCGGCGCGCCGGGUGAGGGCUGAAGGGAGGCGGCAGGCGAAGGGGGCGGCGAUCGGGAGGGAGCUCGGUCUCCCCUUCCCACCGGUGCAUGCGAGAAGGCGGGCAGGCGAGCGAAGGGGGAGCCGGGACGGCGCUGCAAAGGGGGUGAAGCUCUCGCUCGGUCCUUCAAGCGGCGGCUCCCCGGAAACAUGGCGAGUGAUUCCCCGGCUCGGAGCCUGGACGAGAUCGAUCUCUCCGCCUUACGGGAUCCUGCAGGUAUCUUUGAACUGGUUGAACUUGUUGGCAAUGGAACCUAUGGACAAGUCUAUAAGGGUCGUCAUGUUAAAACGGGACAGCUUGCAGCCAUUAAAGUUAUGGACGUCACCGGGGAUGAAGAGGAAGAAAUCAAACAAGAAAUUAACAUGCUGAAGAAAUAUUCUCAUCAUCGAAAUAUUGCUACAUAUUAUGGUGCUUUCAUUAAAAAGAAUCCUCCAGGAAUGGAUGAUCAGCUUUGGCUGGUGAUGGAGUUUUGUGGCGCUGGCUCUGUCACUGAUCUGAUCAAGAACACAAAAGGGAACACGCUGAAGGAGGAGUGGAUUGCCUACAUCUGCAGGGAGAUUUUGCGGGGUUUAAGUCAUCUCCAUCAGCACAAAGUAAUCCAUCGAGAUAUCAAGGGACAGAAUGUUUUGCUGACAGAGAAUGCGGAAGUUAAACUAGUGGAUUUUGGAGUCAGUGCUCAGCUUGACAGAACGGUUGGCCGAAGGAACACAUUUAUUGGAACCCCAUACUGGAUGGCCCCUGAAGUUAUUGCCUGUGAUGAAAACCCAGACGCCACAUAUGACUUUAAGAGUGAUUUGUGGUCGUUGGGGAUAACAGCCAUCGAGAUGGCUGAGGGAGCUCCUCCCCUUUGUGAUAUGCAUCCCAUGAGAGCUUUGUUCCUCAUUCCCCGGAAUCCAGCCCCCAGGCUGAAAUCAAAGAAAUGGUCCAAAAAGUUCCAGUCCUUUAUUGAGAGCUGUCUAGUGAAGAAUCAUGGCCAAAGACCAACCACUGAACAGCUGAUGAAACAUCCGUUCAUUCGAGACCAGCCUAAUGAAAGGCAGGUUCGCAUCCAGCUCAAGGACCAUAUUGACAGGACUAAGAAGAAACGCGGAGAGAAAGAUGAAACUGAAUACGAGUACAGUGGAAGUGAGGAGGAAGAGGAAGAAAACGACUCUGGAGAACCCAGCUCCAUCUUAAACCUGCCUGGGGAGUCAACGUUAAGACGGGAUUUCCUGAGGCUUCAGCUAGCAAACAAGGAACGCUCAGAGGCCCUCCGUCGGCAACAGCUGGAGCAGCAGCAACGUGAGAAUGAAGAACACAAGCGACAGCUGUUGGCAGAACGACAGAAGAGAAUUGAGGAGCAGAAAGAGCAGAGGCGGAGGCUGGAAGAGCAGCAAAGAAGAGAGAAGGAAUUACGGAAGCAGCAAGAGAGAGAACAGCGCCGGCAUUAUGAGGAACAGUUGCGUCGAGAAGAGGAGAGGAGGCGUGCAGAGCAUGAGCAGGAAUACAUCAGGCGACAGUUAGAGGAAGAGCAGAGGCAAUUAGAGAUCCUGCAGCAGCAAUUACUGCAGGAGCAAGCUCUACUUCUGGAAUAUAAGCGCAAGCAGUUAGAGGAGCAGCGGCAGGCCGAGAGGCUGCAGCGGCAGCUGCAACAGGAGCGGGACUACCUGGUCUCCCUGCAGCAGCAGCAGCAGCAGCGCCAAGACCAGAGGCCACCAGAGAAGAAACCUCUUUAUCAUUACAAGGAGGGGAUGAAUGCCAGCGAGAAGCCAGCAUGGGCAAAGGAGGUCGAGGAGCGCUCCAGACUCAACCGGCAGAGUUCUCCAGCAAUGCCUCACAAAGUAGCUAACAGGAUAUCCGAUCCAAACCUGCCUCCUCGGUCAGAGUCCUUCAGUAUUAGCGGGGUACAGACUGCUCGGACGCCGCCUCUGCUCAGACCAGUGGAUCCACAGAUUCCACAUCUGGUCAGUGUGAAAUCCCAAGGACCUUCCUUGCCAGCUUCUCAGUCACUGCAUGAACAGCCCACAAAGGGAAUGGCUGGGUUUCAGGAGGCUCUGACGGUGACCUCUCACCGCACCGAGAUGCCAAGGCAGAACUCAGACCCCACUUCUGAAAACCCUCCUCUCCCCCCUCGCAUUGAAAAGUUUGACCGAAGUUCUUGGUUACGACAGGAGGAAGACAUUCCGCCAAAGGUGCCUCAACGAACUACUUCCAUCUCACCUGCAUUAGCUCGGAAGAACUCUCCCGGGAAUGGCAACGCAUUGGGUCCUCGUCUAGGAUCGCAGCCAAUAAGGGCAAGCAACCCUGACUUGCGGAGAACUGAGCCCAUCCUAGAAAGCCCCUUACAGAGGACGAGCAGCGGCAGCUCUUCCAGCUCCAGCACGCCCAGCUCCCAGCCCAGUUCCCAGGCAGGAUCACAACCUGGAUCCCAAGCUGGCUCGAGUGAACGUAACAGAGUCAGAGGAAACACCAAGCCCGAAGGGUCACCCAUUCUCUCUCAUGAGCCAGCUAAGAUAAAACAGGAAGAGGGCAAGGACCUGACGAGGCCCAGCCGACCUGCUGAUCUGACUGCCUUAGCCAAAGAACUGAGAGAACUGCGCAUUGAAGAAACCAACCGGCCUUUGAAGAAAGUCACUGACUACUCCUCCUCCAGUGAGGAGUCUGACAGUAGUGAAGAGGAAGAAGAAGAUGGGGAGAGCGAAACGCAAGAUGGCACCGUGCCUGUCAGUGACAUUCCAAGGCUUAUACCAACGGGAAUGCCAGGAAACAACGAGGCCUACAACAUAGGGAUGGUGUCGAGCCACAGCCUAGAACAAUCCCAUACUGAUACCUUUAGCAGUAUUUCAAGAGAGGGGACUUUAAUGAUAAGGGAGCCUGGGGACAAAAAACGUUCUGGCCACACUGCCAGCAAUGGCUUUGCAGGCCACGUCAAUCUUCCUGAUUUGGUGCAACAAAGUCAUUCACCUGCAGGAACGCCGACUGAAGGACUCGGGCGAGUUUGCACCCAUGGCCAAGAGAUGGAUUCUGUGUCCGAAUAUGGUAUGGGGAGUAGCACAAAAGCAUCUUUUACCCCAUUUGUGGACACCAGAGUGUAUCAGACCUCCCCGACUGAUGAAGAUGAAGAUGAUGAUGAAGAGUCAUCUGCUACAGCAUUGUUCACUAGUGAGCUGCUGAGGCAAGAACAGGCCAAACUGAACGAAGCCAGGAAAAUUUCAGUAGUGAACGUGAACCCUACUAACAUUCGUCCUCAUAGCGACACGCCAGAGAUCCGAAAGUACAAGAAACGCUUCAAUUCAGAAAUACUUUGCGCUGCUUUGUGGGGUGUAAACUUACUGGUGGGAACGGAAAAUGGGCUCAUGCUGUUGGAUCGGAGCGGCCAAGGGAAGGUGUACAAUCUGAUCAACAGGAGGCGGUUUCAACAGAUGGACGUGUUAGAAGGACUCAACGUCCUUGUCACAAUCUCAGGAAAGAAGAACAAACUACGAGUGUAUUACCUUUCUUGGUUAAGGAAUAGGAUAUUGCACAAUGAUCCAGAAGUGGAAAAGAAGCAAGGCUGGAUCACCGUUGGGGACCUGGAGGGCUGCAUACAUUAUAAAGUUGUGAAAUAUGAAAGAAUCAAAUUCUUGGUGAUUGCCUUAAAGAAUGCUGUAGAGAUAUAUGCUUGGGCUCCUAAACCAUAUCACAAGUUCAUGGCAUUUAAGUCUUUUGCAGAUCUCCAGCACAAACCAUUGCUUGUUGAUCUCACAGUAGAAGAAGGUCAGAGGUUAAAGGUCAUCUUUGGGUCACAUACUGGUUUCCAUGUGAUUGACGUGGAUUCGGGGAACUCUUACGACAUCUAUAUACCAUCUCAUAUUCAAGGCAAUAUCACACCUCAUGCCAUUGUCAUUUUGCCCAAGACAGAUGGAAUGGAGAUGCUUGUGUGCUAUGAGGAUGAAGGGGUCUACGUCAACACCUACGGGCGGAUUACAAAGGAUGUGGUGCUCCAGUGGGGAGAAAUGCCCACCUCCGUGGCGUACAUCCAUUCCAAUCAAAUAAUGGGCUGGGGUGAAAAAGCGAUUGAGAUCCGAUCCGUGGAGACAGGACAUUUGGACGGUGUAUUUAUGCAUAAGCGUGCUCAGCGGUUAAAGUUUCUGUGUGAAAGAAAUGACAAGGUAUUUUUUGCAUCAGUGCGAUCUGGAGGAAGUAGCCAAGUUUUUUUCAUGACCCUCAACAGAAAUUCCAUGAUGAACUGGUAACACAAGAGCUCUCGGUGCUUACCUUUCCUUGAGGCCCAAUGUUUUUAAUUUUAAAGGACAUUGGAACAUACGGACUAACACUUUAGAAGGCAGGCAAAGGAGACAUUGUGGAACAUGUUUGCUUCUUUCCGUGAACACACCUGCACUCACACAGACGCACUCCGAGAGUACGACACACCUUAACUGUUGUGGUUUAGAAGCGGAGGUUUGUUCAAGAUCACUGGAAUGCGACACUGUAUUGGGGGAGAAGCGUGCAGGAGGUUUAGCAGAAGAAAUCUCUUGAGGUCUUCAGAUUAAGCUGUGAUAGAGUGGGUUAUACAAUUUUUAAAACAUUUUUCUUUUUCCUUGUCCCUCAAUUUGUAAGGAUGGGGACAGAACUAAGUGUCGGAGUCUCUGUUUUUAAUUUUGUCUGCCUGCUAGCACUGAAUAUAUAGUAUGUUGUAAGGUUACCAAUUAAAACUGGUGAGAGACAGCACAAUAAAUGUACCGUUUUAUCU